GCAGACAGAGAGCUAGCAGCAGUGCGCGCGCGUGUGUGCCGGUUUAUUCUGUCUAUCUAUCCGAGGCAAAUCCGCAGACCCCUUUCUCGGGCCGGUUUGAAUGGAGAGGGACUUCAUGGGCGCCGCAGGGCACGGGCAGCGCCAGCGCGCCGACGACGACGACGCCGGCAGAAAGGACACAGCUUACUUCGGAGCAGGAGGCCCGCCGCCGAUGGACUGGUCGUUCGGGAGCAGGGCAGAGGCCGGGGCCGCGCCGGGGGUCAUGUCGUUCCGGUCCGCGCCCAGGGCGGAGCAGGGGCAGCCCCAGUUCUCCGCCGCCCAGAAGCAGCAGGCGUCUCGCGCCCUCACGCACCAGAGAUCAUUCGGUGCCGAGAGCCAUGGCAGCCCGCAGUACACCGCCUCUAUGCGCGAUGCUUACGGCGGCCCGACUUCACAACACCAGCAGCAACAGCAGCGUCAACACCACCAGCAGCAGCAGCAGCAUGCUGUUAAUGCUGCCAGAGUGAUUCCAGGGUCAUCCCCGUUCAAUCCGAAUAACCAGAUGUUCAAGGUCCAGAGUUCGCCUAACUUACCAAAUGGCGGCGUUGCUGCCAGUGGAACGUUCAAGCAGCCACCUUUCGCGGUGAACGGCACCACGGCCGUCGCGCCUUCCAGAGUCGGUGUCUAUGCAAGGAACAUGCCAAAGCCGAAGAUGGCGCAGCUGACCAUCUUCUACGCCGGUUCCGUCAACGUGUUCAACAACGUUUCGCCGGAGAAGGCUCAGGAGCUUAUGAUGUUAGCUAGCAGAGGGUCUCUUCCGAGUGCGCCCGCUACCGUUGCUCGCAGUCCAGAGACAAGUUUCUUCGCCCCGGCUAAAGUCGCUGCACCUGAGGUUUCUCACAGUCAAGAAGCAAAUCUUUUCGCGCCGGCUAAAUUUGCAGCACCCGAGGUUUCGCUCACAAAGCAGAUGCUACCUCAGCAGCGCUUCUCGCCUCCUGCGUCAGGCGUUUCCAGACCGAUAUCCAGCGUGUCUCAAGCUUCGUGUCUCCCCAAGAGCGCCUCUAGCUCCAACAUCGACUCGGCAGUCCCUAAAUUUCCAACCCAAUUUGUUAUGCCUCUCGCAAGUCAGCCUCCGUCGACUCGUCCAUCUUCAGGCCAAUCUGUUGCGCCUCCCACAAGUCAGCAUCAGCCUGCUCGUCCUGUGACACUAUCAUCUUCAGGCCAACCUGUUAUGCCCCUCGCAAGUCAGCCUCCGCCUACUCGUCCCGUCACACUUGCCGCUGCCACUGUUGAAGCUAUUAUGCCAAGAGCUGUCCCUCAAGCUCGGAAGGCGUCCCUAGCCCGAUUCUUGGAGAAACGGAAAGAAAGAGUGACAACUGUUUCGCCGUAUUCAUCAGCCAAAAGCCCAAUUGAGAGCAGCGACACAGUUGGGAGCUCCAUUGAGAACAACAAAUCAUCAUGCACAGGCAUUGCCAUGUCAAGCAGCCAUGACAAGUCAGUAUGGCGGCCCAGAAACAUCAGUUUUGGUGGAGAGUCCCCAAGUACAAACCUACAUAUCUGAUCCGAUAAUCUCCGGGUGUCCAUAGAUUCAGCCCUGUUGACUGACGCAAAUGGUAAAAAGAUUUUGCAUUCAGCGGAGAGGAGGGAUCGACUCAGAGAGAUAGUCAGCAUAUGAUUUAUUGAUGCUGUUCUUAUUCAUGUUUAGAGGUGUUCUUGUUUGUUAGUUUUUGCUGUAAUGCUGGUUUAGCUGGUGCAACCCCACCUAACUAACAAGAGAGCUGUCUGUCACUUGUCAGACUCUUGAUUGUUAUCUCUUCUUUUUUGCCGUUGCUCCGUUGUAUUGCAGAAAGAAAUAUGUUAAUUUAGCAGUAUGAAAUUAUAGGCUUACAAAUUUCAGGGAUCGCAA